UUUCCACUAGGAUGCAUAUUUUUCUCAUAUCAUAUUCAAUACCCCAUCUUAUAUGCCCCAUCAACCCUUCUCUCUCUCUCUCUCUCUCUCUUUCUCAUAUCCCUUUCAACAUACUGCCUCAUUGUCCCCCAUGCUCAAUCUAGACCAAAUGGGUUGCAACUCCUCCCCCUUCUUCUCUCCCAACUUCCUUCUCCAAAUCCAAACCCCCCAUGAUCAAUUACACCAAGAUCUCCCUUCUCUUCCCCAAGAAUUCAGAGGUAGCAUUCACAACAAACUUGAACUACAUAAAAUGUUGGGAAAGAGAUCAAUGUCCUUCUCCGCAAUCAAUCACAAUUGCGAAGAAGACGAGCUCUCUGAUGACUGUUCCCUAACUGGGGAGAAGAAGAGGAGGCUCAACAUAGAGCAAGUGAGGACAUUAGAGAAGAACUUUGAGAUUGCCAACAAGUUAGAGCCUGAGAGAAAAACUCAGUUGGCUACUGCACUUGGGCUUCAGCCAAGGCAAGUUGCCAUUUGGUUUCAAAAUAGGAGAGCAAGGUGGAAGACUAAGCAAUUGGAGAGAGAUUAUGAUGUGCUCAAGAGACAGUUUGAUGCUAUUAGAUCAGAAAAUGAGGCUCUACAAACUCACAACAAGAAGUUACAAGCUGAGAUCUUGGCUCUUAAAGGCAGGGAGACAUCAGAAAUGAUGAUCAAUUUGAAUAAAGAAACUGAGGGCUCUUGCAGCAAUAGAAGUGAAAAUAGUUCUGAGCACAACUUGGAUGUAUCAAGGACACCACAGCCACACAUUGAGACUAGUCCAAUUAAUCCUCGCCAGAGCAUUCCCUUCUUCCCUUCAAUUAGGCCAUCUUCAAUGAUUCAACUCUUCCAUUGCCCCAAGACUGAACAAAAUACUGUCUCAGAUGAGAAUUUCAGUAAUUUAUUAUGUGGUAUCGACGAUCAGUCUGGCUUCUGGCAGUGGCCUGAUCAACAAAAUUUCCAUUGAUUUUGAUUUGUCAAGCUUCAAAAGAUUGAGUUGAGGUUGAAGAAGAUACUAAGGCAAUAAGGAAGUAUUAAUUGAUGCCUAUAGUAGAAUUUUAUGAGUUACCCUAUGUUCCUUUUUUUUCUUUGUUCUUGUUAUUAUUCCUAUAUAUUGCUAAAGAUGUGAAAUAAUAUCAUGAGAUGAAAUUAUGAUCA